AUGGCGAAAUUGAUGAGAGUCCCGUUGGCCUUUUGCGCAAUAAGUCUCCAGUUGCUUGAAUUCAUAUGCGCAGUGGAAUAUGAUUUCAUGAAUGGUAUGAGCUCUUUGGAUACCAAUCCCCUGGUUGCAUUCCAUAUAAACAUGGAUAACAUUGGGAUUGCAACUCUGGCAUGCCCACGCCAAGUCAACGGAACUGAGUACGUAUGGCAUCCCCAACCAACAGCUGAUCACAACUUCAGUCUCAAAACCUACGUGAUUGAAGACGGCAAAUUUCGUUCCGUCCCUUUUUCGAAGGUAGUGAUCACCGAAGCACCACGCCCAUAUGGUUGGAAAGCGACAAAGGAGUUGCAAACAGACUUGCAUAUUGAUCUAAUGGAUGACGAUAUAUAUGCUAUUACUGAAGAACGUUUGGUAUUCAUCUGUGGUCCUAGGGAUGUGGUAUUGAGUGAUGCGCUGCAAGGCCAACUUGCUCGCCUACGGGAGAUCGAUGAAAGAGAAGUUUAUUUAUCUGAUCCAACAACGUCAUUGGUUGACGAAAUAUCUAAAAUAGGGAAGGGCUUGGGUGUGGUAUUCUUGCGCAGAGGCCUUAAUCAUCAAUUACUGCAAGGCUGUGGAAGUCGUCCCUCGAAACUCUUUGCUCCAGAUAAUGACGUGACUGUAGACCCUGUCACUGGCACACGUUCUUGUGUAGUAAAUCCUAUGUCGACAUUACGUACUGGUUUCGUUUGCGAAGGCAGAAUAGAACCGAACGAUUGCAUGAAAUCCAUCCUGAACAAAGACAGAGUGAUGGCUGCUCCUCGACCAUAUUUGUAUCGUUCUUUUAAUGCUCAUAAGCCUUGGGUGGCAGCUAGAUAUUUUAAUGACGUAGCAUUACCCCGCUUCAACGGCGAAUGCCGGUGCAUAGAUACGAAAACGGGUAGGGUGAAAGCAAGGAUAGAGGUCCGUUGGAAAACUGAAUACGUGUGUGACAUAGCUAGCAUGAUUGCCCGUAACAGGUUCAAGCCUAUUCGUGGCACCUGGUGUUCAGCGUUGCUACAUCCGGGUGCUACGUUGACCAUAAAGUUGCCAAAACAGACAGUUAAGUCGACUGCUAUCGGCGAUGAAUACAUAGAAGAUGUUGACGAUAUUGACGAGGAUGCUUUGAGAGUCCCAUACUCGCAACUUCCAUCUACACAUGCAUAUGAAAGUGAAUUCAAGCCGGACACAAAGUUGACGCUACGUCAACUACAAACAAUUCAUGACAUCAAUGAUUACGACGAAAUCUUGAUUUACGAAGCAUUUACUGGCGGCGCGAUCGAGGUAGAUGUUUCACAAAUGGAGAGAGGAGAGGUGAAGCUAAAGUACCGUAUGGACAGACCUCUGGCGUUACGAAGUGGAUUAAACUCGUUUUUAUAUCAUUGGACGUUCUUAUCUAGGAACGAAAAUGUUCUCGAAAAAUUACGCGCUGUGGUGAACGUUUCAUUUGCGCCUACGUAUCGCUACAAUAUUAUUGGUAGUGACCGAUGGAAACUAGGUGUGUUUGAUCCGGCAAAGGACGUUAGCUCUCUUGCAAUUAAGGACAUGGGGAAUGGUAUAGGGGAAACAUAUGAAUGGCUUUUAAAUGUCGUGAGGGGCGAGGAACAAGCCGGCAUUCAAUGCGGACCCAAUGAGGAGCUGUUUCCAAACAAUUGCGAGUCCACAGGAUACGAUCUUUCGUCCAAUAAGAUUGCGCCAUUUCCUACAUCUGUACGUAAUGCCACACUUUACCCCGUUCGAGGAUUUCAAGUAUUCGACAUGAGCUUCCAAAAUAUCCCCGUCAGUCACGCUUGUAGUUGUGUUGAUGUACGUGGAUACGAGACAUCCAGACUUAUUUUGAGAUCCAACCGUCAUGAAGAGUAUACGUACACAGUACGUCGCGAAUACACAUAUCAAAGGUUGCUGCCUUACUCAUUACUACCCUUGACUGAAGUGGCAUUAUUGUACGGCAUUUCCAAUCCUAUGCGGUCAAUAAUGCUACACAACAUGCCCCAGAGACCUAUAAAACUACAUUCGGGCACAGAAUUCUUCAUGCGGUGUGUUGUGGAUCACGCAUUGUACAACGGUGGGAAUAACGCUGGCGCAACACCUACCUGGUUCCCAUAUUGUCCUGGUUACUACCAUUACACAGUAUAUACUAUAGCGGAAGGAGAUAUGCUGAUUCCAAAGCGAAACGAAGAUAGAAUCGCUGGCACAAAAUAUGGACUAGAGAUCAUUAUGCCAGAAUAUACGGAUGAAUAUACUGAUUUGAUGAUCAAAUCCAAUAGCGGCGCAAUUUUGGUAUCCAGGGAUCCAGGUCACUCGGAAUAUGUACCGAUGACAUUCGUUUGCGGUAAGGAGCUCUCAGAAUCAGAUUUUGGUCCAAUCAACGAUGGUGCAUAUGCAGAUACUAUUCCCCAGGUUAUAGCGCCGUUAGAGGAAUACACGUGGAACGUAGUUCAAAUUGAUGUAGAGAUGACAGACCCAUACAUGCAAGGCUGCGGUGUUACCUACGAAUUGGAUGAGCUGUUCAAGCCUGAAACACCCAAACUCUACAAUGCGGAAGGGCAAGAAAUUGGUUGCAAAAUCGACAUUCAGAUCGCUAAAGAAGCGGCUUUCUACUGCCCAGCACCGUACGUCCUGGACCCACCCAACUGCUUCGACCAAGUGUUAGUGGAGGGUGAAGCAAAGAGUUUGAGUGACAUCAGCCAGUCUUUGGUAGCAUCACAUUCCAACCACUUCAUCAUUCUAAAGUUCGACAGUGAUAAUAUAGGACCUGGGGAGGAGCUGCGCCAGACGCCGCCAUUGGAGUGCCGCUGCACCACCGUUAAGCGCAUAGUCCUAUCAACCAUCCAGAUCGAGAACUACUACUCCAAGUAA